UACACACUGUCAUGGACGGCUUUAUUCGCAAAUGCAUUUAUAAGCUAAACCCCAGAUUACUCGUGUAGAUAAAUAUCUAUUACUAUAAUAAUAAUAUACUUGACACUCAACCAUACAAGUGCUCUAUACAUUAUAACACUCAGAUUUUAUUAAAAAAUUAUAGUCAUUUCCAUAAUGUAACAUCAACGACCUCGUGUAUCUAUGCUUUCAUCGAUUGUAGUUUCGAACGCAACCAAUACUGUACCUAUAUUGUCCGUUCUAUUUUUUUUUUUGCAACAUUGUCAUAAACGGUAUUUGAUAAAUUUCAGAAACACGCACGUGUGUGUACUGUAAUUCUAUUAUGAAGGUACUAGACAGUGACAAACCGUGUGAGAUUAAAGUAUUAUCGAACUAGAGUUGGCGCAUUCUAAUCUUGACAAAUAAAGGCGUUCUUUUAAUCGAACCACUUUAGAUACAAAAAUGGUUGUUGUACGCUGUACAAUCAACAGCAUUUAGAAACACAAAAAUGUGCAAAAUAAUCCAUUGAUGAAUGCAUGGAAAAAAUUACAAUUUAAAAUUUGAUGUUGAACAUGGUUAUUUGUAUAUUUAAUCUAUGACUUGACGCUUAACCCAUUAUUUUUAUUCGUUAUUAGAUUAUUGUCGGUAAUUUGACAACAAGUAACAACAUUAACCAAAGAAAAUAAAAAUAAUAAUCAUAGAUAAAGAAUAACGUCUUACAGAUUAAAAGAUAUCUACGUCUACCUGCUGUAAUUCGUUUAUAAUGAGUUUUGUCGUCGUCGAAGUUGUAACUUGCAACCCCACCUUACAACUAAAUGUCUAGUAGUGUUAGUAUUGUUGUAUAAUUAGUAUUGUUUUUUAUUACUUAUCAGUCCAUUUCUCGACGAGUUGACUACUGUCUCUUAUGUUUUAUGAUCAAUUUAAAAUCGUCUGAACAAUAACACUUUUACCUAGUAGAAUAUAAGACGUACUUAACUUGUUAAAUAGUGCUAACGUUUUGACGUUUACCCACACAUAUACCUAAGGUGUUUAGGUCCAGUCAGUUUUUCAUCUCUUGAACAUGGCGUAUGCUCUGCAAACGGUUGGAAGCACUACUAGUUCUGUCAAAGACGAUUCUGAAGUGUUGGAAUUGGAGGAUGCGUCCAACUCGGUCGCCGAACACAUAAUUGGCAACAGCGCAGCAGUAAAAGAUCUGGGAAACCCCACAGCGAAUGGUACAGCCAAGUCUACCCAACAAGCACAAAAUUAUGACAAAAGCAACGGCGGCGACAAUGAAGAAGGCGUAAUUUCAAUUAGUCUGCUUCUCUGGACAUUUUUUCAAGCUAUUGGAUUGGCCUUCGUGGCCGCCAUCGUUUGCAUUUCCGUAAUAUACAAAGAGGGAUAUUUUAGCGAGUCAGGUAAUGGAAACUCGGUGGUCAUCAGUAAGACACAGAUACGCAAUUGGCACUUUACACUGGGCACAGUGGGAUUCAUAUACCUUUACGGAAAUUCCAUGUUAAUGAUAAAAAAAGGUAAAAAAAAUGCCACUCUGCCUUUCAUUUUGGUAAAUACGUUUGCAUUUCUCGUAUCGGUGCUGUCUGUCUUUAUUGCGGUUGUGCGCAAGGAAAUGGGCAAAUCUAGCGAUUCCCCAGACUCGAAAAGUGUGCUGUCGGAUCACUUGUUUUCGCUACACUCUUGGAUCGGCGCCACUGCUAUGUUGUUUUUCACGUUGCAGUGGCUUACCGCUGUGAUAACCUUUGCAAUGCCUCGCUUUCACAGAAUCGGUUUGUUGCUAGGCAAGCAGUUCAGUCUAUACACAAUAGUGAUCGCCACCUUAGCCAGCUUAAUCGGAGUUAACGAGCACGCCAUUUGCAAAUUAAAUACGGAAUACAAAAAAUACCCAUCUGAGGGUUUGGCUUUAAACAGUUUUGGAAUCUUGGUGUUAAUAUUCUCACUCUUAACUAUUUACGCUAUGGUUAGGAAACGAAAUUACAAUGAUUAAUUCUACUACGCGUUUAACGUAGAGAAUAAUUAUUUACUUAUAGAAUGAUAAUGAAUGAAUAUGUUUUUUUAUUAUAUUAUUAUAAAUGUUUAAAAAUACUGCCUACUAAAAAAUAUAAUGACGUAUACCAAAUUAUUUUCGUUAAGUAUUAUGUAUCUAAUAU